CCCUACAACAGAUUACCAACCUGCCCAGGGUGAACCUCACCUCUGGCCCAAAGUCAUCUGGAAUUGGCUCCAUCUUCCACUGCCAUCCUGACAGAAUGGCAGAACGUGAAAAUCUUGCUGAAAAGCAACCAAGUGAAUCAGUGCUUCGGAAGAGCAUUAUACGGAAACUCUCAAUGAAAAAAAGAAGAGGAAAAGAAGCAGCCGCAGCAGAUGACACUCCCAAGCCUGCUGCUUCUGAUACACAAAAGCCCUCUACAGAUGGCUUUCGGUGGACAAAUUGGAGAAAAAGUUUUAGGCAACAACGUAGCCAGGAAAAAUCUGUCCCAGAACAUGGUGCCACCACCAGCACUGUAAUGGGGAAAGAGACCACUAAUGACUAUGAUUUCACAGAUAAUAUUCCGCCAGCACCUUUGUCAGUAAUGGAGAUUAACGAUCUCAUUGAAAAGGAAAGCUUGAAAGAAGCCUAUCAGAAUAUACUCUCUCUGCAGAAGGAGGUUGAAUGUGAGCAGAAAGCUCUGAGUGAAGAAGCAUCAGUGAAACUGACCCAUAAAAAGAAAGAUCUGAUUCUGCUCUACAACAACCUGAGGGAUAAACUUACUAAAAUUGUCUGUCAAUCCUGUGCUCAGCCUUCUUGCAAAAAAGAGCUACUGGUGCAGGUGGUUGGCAUCAUUCAGGAUAGGGAAAGGAAUGAAGGAAAUGUGAGAGUUGAAGGGGGUUGGAGAGAUGCCUGGAGGACUGCAAUCGAGCAAGGGGUGACAGAGACACUCGGGAAGAUUCACCGAGACAUCGAUGAGCAAAAGGUUUCCUGUAUAGAAGUACAUUUGGAGCAUUUGGGUAAAAAGAUUGUGGAGCUUUUGGAGAUGGUAAAGUCAGAGAUUUUAAAUUUGUAUCCAGCGAGUUUCCAAGUCUUCGAAACGUAUGUUUCUUCUUGUCACAAGUUUGUAAGUGAACACCUAAAAGUGCUUCUGGGAAAGUUCACUGAACUGAAAGAUUAUAAUGCCUUACUGGAUUUUAUCAACCGCUACCAUAGUGAGAUUCUUAGUAGGCCCUCUUUGCAGCCAGAGAUGAAGGAGCAAACGUUUCUCACACUAUCUGGUGACUUCCUAGACCAGGUUAAGAAAGCAUAUUGUGACUGUCUACAGGAGACUCUACAUGCCUCUUUGGGCAAUGCCAUUAAUGCUGAACAGGAGGAAGUAUGGAAGAAGAAAAUGACUCCCAAUAGAAUAAAAGAUGGACUAUUCCUCAUCUCUGAUAUUUACACAAAUGUCUGUGAAAUUAUCAGGAAAUAUUCUGAUAAUUGUGCAAAGAUUGACGCAGAUCUGGAAACGAUGGCCAUCUGCAAAUGCAUGGAGGUUCUGAAACACUUUCCCAAAAGAUUUGAAGAGGAGUUUUCAAAGCAGAGCCACUCACUGUUGGGCUCAGACUUACUGGACUGCUGUCUGUGGGCUAAAUAUCACAUUGUCUAUAUCAACAGCUUUAGCUUCCUUAAAGAGCAUAUAGAGGGCUAUAGUGAGAAGUGUCCAAAGCAGGUGGAAGAACUUGCAACAGAGGUGGAUGGAGUCAUUGACUGUCUGAGACGAGCUCUGCUGGAGCAAUUUAGAGUUGAAACUGAGUCUUACCUGGGGAGUCUAAUGACCAAGAACUGGCUUAACACAGAUACUGAUUUCAAUGAACUGGUUAACAGAAUAGAGACUUACUCUGAAUACAGCAAAUCCAUAAGACAUCCACAUGCACAAUCUUUUGCCAAUGAUUUGCAUUACCAUGUAGCGAAAGGGUAUAUAUCUGAACUACUGAGGAAUAAAUACUCCUGCAAAGGCAAGAAGAAUGCUGCUGCUGCUAAGAUUAAUGACCAGUGGACUGAGCUUGUUAAGCUGUUCUGUGAAAUGGGAUCAACCUUAGACUGGCUUCACUCACUGGGAUGUCAAAUUAGUAAAAUCAUUGAACAGGAAAGUGAGAAAGAUAUUAAAAAUGUCUUAAAACCAUUGGUUGAAAAUUACCCAGACAUAAGUAAAAAGCAAUUCUCAGCUAUUCUAUACUUCAGAGACAGUGGUUUCAAGUUUGAGAGGUCACCAGCCAUUCGGUGCUUCACUGAGCUUAAGCGGGAGAUAGAGGACAGGAAAACAGAAAACACUGGAAAUCAUGAUCACAUCUUCUUCAGUGACAUUAAGUGAAACAGACAUCAGCCUGGUGCCCUUCUAGAAGUCCCAAAGCCUUGAUGACCUCUAUCAUUAUAUCACUCGUCUCAUGAAGGUGGUUUGGGUUGGAUGCAAGUGCAGUUUUUGUUUUUAUUUAAAUCAAUAUUUAUACAGAAAUAUCCAGUUUAGCAUUGCUAGUUUAAAUGGAUGUAACAUAAUUAAUAAAAAUAUAACAAAAAAGAAAAAGUUUUAGAAAAAGUUUAUUUUAUGAAAAUAAACAACCCAUUUAAAAAGAGCAUUCAAAGAAUGUACUCAAGAAACAGACACUUGUCAGGUGGUCAGCAAACAACAUCCAACAGGUGCAAAGACAAGAAUGAAUGUUAAUGUUAAUUAAUUAAUAUUACAGUUAAAACUGUAAGCACAAAACAAGAAAACAAGGCUUGGUAUAUAUAUAUAUAUAUAUAUUAGUGCUGUCAAGUGAUAAAAAUAUUUAAUCGCGAUUAAUGUCGCGACUGUCAUAGUUAACUCGCGAUUAAUUGCAAUUUAAUCGCACAUUUUUGUCACAUGAAAAACCAUUGUAAUUCUCUUAUCAGCAUAAAAAAGUGAAUGGGCUUGCUUUGUACUGCAACGCAUAACAUGUCUUGACACAGCCACUGCAAAGUGAAACCUAAGCCGAGCACCGGGGCUGGCAAAAGAACCAUGAGUGAAGUGAUCUACUGCUUGAGUUAGUCUACAGCUCUAAUCAGAGAGACAGGUUACACAGUGACGGUAGGCUUGACAUGCUUGAUUAUAAUAUAAAGUACACUAUUAUAUUAACUUUAAGUUGUUCGUUGAUAAAUAUUGCAUUGAAUCUGAUCUUUACUGUUUCAGCUCACUUAACACAUUUUGUACUUUUACACUUUCUGCCUGUUGAUGCGUCGCGCUGUCCAAUCAGAGGCGGCCAAAUUUGCAUAUUACAGGAAGGAUUUCUGGGAUAGCAUUGAGUUUACAGUUCAGAGGGAUCUGGCUUCUUUAGACGCUGUCUUCUUAAAACUGAAUACAUAUUUAAAAAGAGCCAAAUGAGCCAGUCUUUUGAACGGCUCUUUUCAAAGAAUGGAUCACAAAGAUGCGGAUCCCAUCAAAGAGCCAUAAAUCCCAUCUCUACUAGCGCGCCCUGCCCAUGCUGGUUCUUUGGGGGGGGGGCAGAGGACUCUGGCUGUGCGGGGCGUGGCAUUACAGUCUAGCUGCUAUCAUUUUUCUAAGCAAAGUCUCUGUUCCAAGUUCCUGGCAGUUUCAAAAGCUUAUGAAAAACCUACAUCAUGUCACAGAGCGUUAAUCUCGCGAUAAAAAAAUUAUCGCCGUUAAAAUUGAGUCAAGUUAACGCGUUAAUAACACGACAUUUUUGACAGCACUAAUAUAUAUAUAUAUAUAUAUAUAUAUAUAUAUAUAUAAACGGUGAUGUGUUUAUCUUCGAGUGUUGAAUGUAUACGAAGCAAACAAGUGAAAUAUUUUCAACACAAGAAGAUAAAUUUCAUAUCUUUGUGCCACAGUGUAAUGUUCUUUAUAUUAUAUGGACACAUCCACAAAAAAAAACAAAAAAUGCAAGCUAAUCCAAAGAAUUUUAAUUUUGAACCGGUUUGCCAUUUUAACCAUGCGUGUCAAGUCAGUGGGAAAACACUGUGAGUGACGUCAUUGGAGUGAAAUAACGAAAAUUAUUCUAUCCACAUUCACUGGAUAUGAGCAAUUGUAUGCUUUGAUUGGCUACUCUACUAGGCUAUCAGCUCAUAUACCAUGAGUAGAGAAAACAAAAUGGUGGAGCGUUUUGCUGAACCAACCGAAGGCGAAAUAAAAACUCUACUCGAAAACAACCCCCCCCCCAAAAAACAAAAAAAGCAACAAAAUAUGGAAUAAAAGUAUUUGAUGGUAAGAACGUAUCUUUUUUAUUUUUCAAGAAUUAUUAUUAUAGCAUUUUUCACAAAUUGCUCCUGUCAUUUUACCAGUUGGGUGGCACGGUGGUGUAGUGGUUAGCGCUGUCGCCUCACAGCAAGAAGGUCCAGGCUCGAGCCCCGUGGCCGGCGAGGGCCUUUCUGUGUGGAGUUUGCAUGUUCUCCCCGUGUCCACGUGGGUUUCCUCUGGGUGCUCCGGUUUCCCCCACAGUCCAAAGACAUGCAGGUUAGGUUAACUGGUGACCCUAAAUUGACCGUAGGUGUGAAUGGUUGUCUGUGUCUAUGUGCCAGCCCUGUGAUGACCUGGCGACUUGUCCAGGGUGUACCCCGCCUUUUGCCCGUAGUCAGCUGGGAUAGGCUCCAGCUUGCCUGCGACCCUGUAGAACAGGAUAAAGCGGCUACAGAUAAUGAGAUGAGAUGAGAUUUUACCGGUUUGUUUACAUUCUAAGCGGUAAUGAUUUUGUCAGACAUUUUGUAUAAAGUUUUUAUAGAGCGAAUUUGCAAAAAAUAAAAAUGAUCUGUUUCUCAAAAUCCAGUGAAUGUGGAUAGAAUAAAACAGUUAUUCCACUCAAUCUCAUCGUACAUGGCUUAUAGCCAACUUGGUGCUAUGUGCCUCAUCAGCUAUCAGCUCAUGUACGACUCAGUUUCGUGGAAUAACUGUCACUCAGAUCCGCAAUCUAUUUUGUAUGAAAAAUAUGAGUUUUUCAACAUGAGAAGGUAAACUUCAUAUCUUUGAGCCAAUAUGUGAUUUUUAAAAAUUAUAUAGACAUAUUCACAAAAACUACGCAAGUUAAUCAAAACAAUUCACUGAUAUCCUCACGAGUGAGGAUAUUGGAAAAUAUGUUACUCAAUGUCCCGUAUGUAGUUCAUAUGAAAAAUAUGAGUGGUGUAUUUCCCAGUAAAACUAAGGAAGCGUAUUGUUGCCACACCAGAAAAAAGGGAAAAAAAAAUCAGUAUCAUGUAAUACCAUGAAAAGUCUAUUGUUAUAACAACAUAUUUCUCAUGUUAUAACAAUAUAUUUUCACAUUAUUAUGUGAAACAUUUCAUGUAAUAAUUUGGUAUUAUGUUAUAAUGUGAUAAUUUGGAGGUAGCUUGUAGCCAUGGAGCCAUCUGUGUCCCUCCAGCUGAUCAAUGAGAAAUGAUGCUACCUCCAGCAGGUCGGACUCAUUCUUCCUUUCUGUCCAGCCCCAUGUAUUUUAACAUUCUUCUUAGAGUGUGCACACUUAUUACAGUGUCAUCCACCGUAUUCAGUAACAGAAGAGUCUCGCCAUGUCUCAACCGGAGCAUGAAAUUGAACUUGAUUAAAUCAUGUAAAUGAGCCACAUUACCCAGUUCAUUCUCUGCACACCUCAUUCAAACCACAGAUUCAAAUAUGAGUUAAAAGUUAUCACAUUAUAACAAUAUAAAUGAUCACGUUAUAACAUGAAACGUUUCAUGUAAUAACGUGAAAAUACAUUAUAACAAUAAACUUUUCACAUUAUUAUGUGAUACUGUUUUUUUUUUUUCCUGGUGUGGCAGCAAUAUGCUUCUGCAGUAAAACAUUCAUGUCUAUAUAAUAGACAAACAAACAAGUAAAUUAAAAAAAAUGUAUGUGUGUGUGUGAGACAAAAUAGAAUUUAUGUGUUCAGAUGAAAAUACAGUUUGUAUAUAUUUCUGCAUAUACUCAUCACUAUGUACUAAAAUGUAAAAAUGUUGCAAAUUCUACUGUUACUCACAACUCACUAGGAUAUCAAAUUAGUAAAGCCAUUAAACCUUUUGUACAAAGCAGUGAACAUCUAUAUCAAUAUCACAAAUUUGCUUACAUUUAGGGACCUGCAGAAUCUUGAAUAUUAAAUAUUUAAGAUAUCAAGCAUUUACUGUUUUUGUUUUAAAUAUUUCACAACCAUAAAUGGUCUGUGUAUUUACAAUUUUAAUUAAAAAAAACCCCCAAAAACCUGAUUUUCAAUGUGGUGUCAGACUUUUGGACCCCAUUGUAUGUAGUGUGUGUGUGUGUGUGUGUGUGUGUGUGUGUGUGUGUGUGUGUGUGUGUGUGUGUGUGUGUGUGAGAUGGGAAAUGGAGUUGAAUAUAUAAAUGUUGCUGUGGAAAAUUCUGAAAACUGUAAUAACCUUCUUUAAACAAUAUAAAUCAUAUUGUUUGUAAGAUAGUUGUUUACAGCAUUAGUAGAUUAGGUGUGUUUGAAAGAUGUUUUAACAAAUAUCAUGAUCUAUUUGGGGUAAAGGUGCAUUUAA